CAUUCUGAAUCAUCUCCUUUGUUGCAUUAAAAAAAAAAAAAGGAAGGAAAGAAAAACCCCACACCAGCCAUGCUGAGGUGUGCAGGCAGCUGUGUUUGUCAGGAACGCAGAAGGAGUUGGCUUCCCUUUGGGGGAGGAGGUGCAAUCCCACACCCCCCUGGGAGGGGUAUAUAAGGAGCCCCGGGGCUGGGGGUGACAGGCACAGCCCUCAGGUUCCAGCCCAGCCCGCGCCUCCUGCCAGCUCCUCUCGUGCUGCUGAGAGCUCGGCACUGCUGCUUGGCCAUGGCCACCACGUUUCUGCAGACUUCCUCCACUUUUGGGGGUGGCUCUACUCGGGGGGGUUCCCUCCUGGCCGGGGGAGGAGGCUUUGGUGGGGGGAGUCUCUACGGGGGCGGUGGGAGCCGUACUAUCUCAGCUUCUUCUGCCAGGUUUGUCUCCUCUGGGUCAGCAGGGGGCUACGGGGGUGGCUUUGGUGGAGGGGCCAGUAGUGGUUAUGGGGGUGGCUUCGGAGGUGGCUUUGGUGGGGGUUUUGGCAGUGGCUUCGGUGACUUCGGCGGUGGAGAUGGCGGCCUCCUCUCCGGCAACGAGAAGAUCACUAUGCAGAAUCUCAACGACCGCUUGGCCUCCUACCUGGAGAAGGUGCGUGCCCUGGAGGAGGCCAACGCCGACCUGGAGGUGAAGAUCCGAGACUGGUACCAGAGACAGAGCCCAACCAGCCCGGAGCGUGACUACAGCCACUACUUCAAGACCAUCGAUGAACUUCGGGACAAGAUCCUGGCAGCUGCCAUUGACAACUCCCGGGUCAUUCUGGAGAUUGACAAUGCCAGGCUGGCUGCGGACGACUUCAGACUCAAGUAUGAGAACGAGAUGGCCCUGCGCCAGAGUGUGGAGGCCGACAUCAAUGGCCUGCGCAGGGUGCUGGACGAGCUGACCCUGACUAAGACCGACCUGGAGAUGCAGAUCGAGAGCUUGAAUGAGGAGCUGGCCUACCUGAAGAAGAACCAUGAGGAGGAGAUGAAGGAGUUUAGCAACCAGCUCGCUGGCCAAGUCAAUGUGGAGAUGGAUGCAGCACCAGGCGUGGACCUGACCCGCGUGCUGUCAGAAAUGAGGGAGCAGUACGAGGCCAUGGCGGAGAAGAACCGCCGGGAUGCCGAGGCCUGGUUCUUUAGCAAGACGGAGGAGCUGAAUAAGGAGGUGGCCUCCAACACAGAGAUGAUCCAGACCAGCAAGACGGAGAUCACAGACCUGAGACGCACGAUACAGGGGCUGGAGAUUGAGCUGCAGUCCCAGCUCAGCAUGAAAGCUGGGCUGGAGAGUACCCUGGCGGAGACGGAGUGCCGCUAUGCCGCGCAGCUGCAGCAGAUCCAGGGCCUCAUCGGCAGCAUCGAGGCCCAGCUGAGCGAGCUCCGCAGUGAGAUGGAGUGCCAGAACCAGGAGUACAAGAUGCUGCUGGACAUCAAGACGCGGCUGGAACAGGAGAUUGCCACCUACCGCAGCCUGCUGGAGGGCCAGGAUGCCAGGAUGGCUGGCAUUGGUACCAGAGAAGCCUCCCUGGGAGGUGGCGGUGGCGGCAAGGUCCGCAUCAAUGUUGAGGAGUCUGUGGACGGGAAGGUGGUUUCUUCCAGGAAGAGAGAAAUCUAA